AUGAUGGAGGGCAGGACUAUCGACUACAGGCCCGACGGGGGCGGCCUGGACUAUCACAACUCGCCGUUAAUGGCCGAAAUACCGGUGGACAAUUACUCGCACAUACACAGAAGUAUAGAGCACCUCCGCUCCAUAGGAGUGCCCCCGCCCCUGGACCACCACAGGCAUCUAGCGACGAACCUCACGGACCUGAGGAGAUACGAGCACCCGGACGACAUGCCAGAGAUCAAGCCCUCAGUGCUCAGGCUGUCGGAGUUCAAGAACGGCCUCCAGGACAUAAGGAUGCACAACGACCAGGAGAACGAGGUGCAGAGGCAGAUGACGCCACAGGACGACGGACCCAAAGGCUACAGCGCGCCGUCCACGCCCCUCUCCGAGAACGGCGGGCACAACGCACCAGAGGAGAAGGUUAGAUCGUGUUUGUUC